CCCCAUCCUGCAGCACUUUCUGGUAGAGAUCAUUAUCAGAAGAUCCAACAAAUGUCACAGAGAUUUAUGGAGAUCCUGCAGAAAUGUUGGUUUCCUUUCCACAGACAUGAGGUUUCCUUCUGCCAGUGUUUGGUUGUGAUUCCUGAGAGGCGUCUUUGUUUCUGUGACCGGACCGUCCUGAGACGUGUCACAGUGUCACCAGUCCAGUUCGCAGAAAAAGACAAGAAGUAGGAAAAAAGACGCCACAUAUCAGUUCUUUAAUGACUUUUAGACCUGAUUUUUACAUCUAAAACAGAAGCAACAAAUAAUUAUUUGUUUGGUCAUAAUUCUCAAAUAUUCACAGAAAACUUAUUUCUGUUUUUAGGUCACCUUUUCUGAGGUCCACUGACUUUUUAAAAUGUCAUUAGUAUUUUGUCCAUACGUUUUCAUUCAUGAAACCUCAUUCUUUCCCUUUUUCCUUGCUGCAUGUCGCUGGACGCAGCCUUCCUCAUCACAUGAACGCCAUCUUUACCUUUCCUCCUCCAUCCGUCCUGGCUGAAGACUGUCCCGGGACUCCGCACAUGCUCAGAUGUUGGCUCUCAAUCGGAUUAUAUCGUGCCUCUCAUAACACGAGAAGCUGAUUAUGACUGUCAGACGGACUCAUGUCCAGUCUGGAGAUGGUUGUUGAGCCUGACAGGAGCUCAUCCUUGUGUUAUUGCGGGCCGUCUGUGGCGAGGCUCGCCGUCUGGGUCAGCCAAUCCUGGCGGGUCCCGGGACACCCGGUCACACCGGGGGCCAGCACGUAACCAUAUCUGGAACUGAAGCACAUCUGCUAAAAUAUACCUUCCUAUUAGCAGCACAGCCAACAACUUUGAUUGAAAUCUUCAUCCUUGAAGCCAAAGUGCUGCUGAUGUUUGUCAAAACCUUCAUCGUGGAUGUUUUUGAGGACGAGUUUGCAUUUCCGGGCCCAGAUGCAGGUAUUUUCUUGUGACCUUCUUGACCUCUACAGUGGUUCUGCUGUCUGCGAAGGUAAUCCCCUCAAUGCUCCGUCGCAGGAGCUGCAUUUGUGUCUAGAGGGGCUAAAGUCACGUCCAGAGACGUUCUGUCUGCAUGGGAGGAGUCCAGCAGCCAGGGAUUACAGGGCGUUGUGCAGAGGUUGUGGAUUACAUUCCAGGAGAGACAGAGCCGGUGAGAAGGAGCAGCUGCACGACGCCAACAUCGACCGGACAUUUCUUCACUGAAAACUUUGAACACUUUCUUUCUGAUGCUCACAGAUGGUUUGAGCUGAAAUUAUGUUCAGACGUUCUGAAGGAUCUACUUUUACUGAGAUUUCUGGUUCGCCUUUUUUUCCUGUGAUUUUGUCGCAUUUGUGAGAAAAUUUACGUCUGGCGCGUCGGACGGGAAGGAUGUACUGCAGCAACAGAAACAUCAACGCAGAGAAGAGCAAGAGGAACAUCACCAAGAAAUCAUGGGCUCGUCUCAAGACGUCCCCAUGGCCUGAAAAGAGCGUCGCUUUGGAAAACCAAAACGAAAACAGAAAGAUGGAGACAAAGCUGUCGGAGGAUGAGGUGCAGGGCACAGUCUUUGGGAAGGCCUUGUACAAUCUGACCCACUCGGACAGGGUGAUGGACGACCUGAUAUUUGGACGGCGGGUGGGCUUUUACGAGCUGAGGGGGGAGAUCGGCUCCGGCAACUUUUCCCAGGUUAGAUUGGGAAUUCAUGACCUGACGAAAGAGAGAGUGGCGGUGAAGGUCCUGGAUAAGGAGCGCCUGGGCAAACCGCUGCACGCCUUCUGUGCGUCGGAAAUCACCUGCAUGGUGAGGCUUUCCCACCCCAACAUAGUCCGCCUGUAUGAGGUGGUGGAAACCUUCAAGAGGCUCUACCUGGUGAUGGAGUACGCCAGCGGGGGGGAGCUGUUCACCCGCGUCAGCACCAAGGGACGCCUGUCAAACCUGGAGAGCAAGCUGGUGUUUUCUCAGGUCCUGUCUGCGGUGAAGCACAUGCAUGAUAACAACAUCGUCCACAGGGACCUGAAGGCGGAGAACGUCUUCUACACCAGCACCUUCUGCAUAAAAGUCGGGGACUUUGGUUUUAGCGCAUCCUGCUACUCCACCGACGUCCUCCACACCUUCUGCGGCUCUCCGCCUUACGCCGCUCCGGAGCUCUUCAAAGACAGAGGUUACAUCGGGCAGUAUGCGGACAUGUGGGCUCUGGGGGUUCUGCUGUACUUCAUGGUGACGGCCGCCACGCCCUUCAAAGGUUCCAACACCAACAGGCUGAAGUGCUGCAUCCUGCAGGGCUCCUACUCCAUCCCAGAGUACGUUCCUCAGCCCUGCCAGGAGAUCAUUAAGGGCCUCCUGAGGCCGGUUCCCAUCGACCGCUACACCACAGCACAGCUCAUGAAAAGCGAAUGGUUGAAAGGCAUCGAGUAUCCCCAGGCCUACCCUCCCCACAGGCCCACGCCCUCUGACCUGGUUGACCCCAACCGCAUCCUCACCUCAGAGGAGUUGAGUGUGAAGGCAGUCCUGGAGGACAUUGGAAUCACGGAUGCCCAUCUUCUCAACAACCUGGAUGUGAGGAGCCCCAUCACGGGGACCUACAGGAUUUUACUCCACCGCAUCCAGAGGAGGAGCUCGGUGGAGGCUGCUGGCUACAGCCAGGCCUUCCUCAGGGGGUCCCAGACCAGAUUCAGGCGGAGAGCGGGCUCGGACGGUCUGCUGAUGAAGCGCCACUCUGUGGUCUGUGUCCUCAUGUAGUUCCUGUUCAGGAAGCUUCUGUGAGCGCCGGAAACAAGCCCAACUUCAGUGGAAACGUCACGUGAAGGGCGUUUGCUGCUCUGGCGCUGAACGUGGAGGGAGUCUGUCUGCGUGGUCACCUGAGCUGAAGACGAAGAGAUGAAGGUUUCACACACCGUGCGGAUUCCUGUGGGUCCAUGACGACGCUUGGCGUGACGCUCCAACACAACGUUGGCGUGUGAGCCGCUCACAAACCCACUGAGCGUGGCAGAAGUUUCCAGCUUUUAUCUGUUCAUCACAAGAUGGAAAAAUCUAGGUCACAUGAAUGUUUUGAUUAUCAAUCAGUGAAUUGUUAGCAGGAAUGGAAAAAAGGGGGGGGGGGUUGUCCAAAAAUGUGAAGUAAAUAAAAAAAUCAGACGUGUUAGAAAUCUGAAGACAUUUAAAUGAAGGAGCGUAGUCAGUGAAACUGUAGAGCUGCGUCAUCAUGAUGGAGAAUGUAAAUGUGUCACUUCUCAGCUCAACGUGUUUGAUUAACAACAUUUGAUGUUCAGGGCGACAGACCAUGCGCUGCCAGCUGUAAAAACAUGUUAUCCAUCCAAUAAAGCGUUUUUCUGAGCAGCUUUAUGGCGGGAAAUA